GCGCUAUGUAUUCAUUUGUGCGUCUUCUUGUCAGGGCCCCUUCUUACACUUCAGGGGUCAUUUAAUUCCAGCUAUAAACGAAGAAAGCGAGAGGGAGAGGCAAGCACAAAGCCAGAAGAAGGUGAGCUUGCAGAAAAUAAUAAAGCAACAUUUGAAAGAAAGAAAAAGCGCACACAUACACACAAAGAAGGGGAUAAAUCAGAGAAACUCUCAAGGAGAAGCGACGAAAAGCUGGAUUCGAUCAGGAGAUAAGGAGCAAGCAGCACCUUGUGGAAGUCGGCGGUCGCUCGUCAUGUUGGAGUUGCUGUUCGGUUUGGUUUGGUUUGCGGGACUCGUGUGCGGCCAGAAUGAGACAGAGCCCAUCGUCCUGGAGGGCAAGUGCCUGGUGGUUUGUGACUCGAAUCCCACCUCGGAUCCUACAGGGACUGCACUCGGGAUUUCCGUGCGAUCCGGCAGCGCCAAGGUGGCUUUCUCGGUGAUCAGGAGCACCAACCACGAGCCCUCCGAGAUGAGCAACAGGACCAUGAUCAUAUACUUUGACAAUAUACUAGUGAAUGUGGGUUCUAAUUUUGACUCGGAGAGGAGCACCUUCAUAGCGCCACGGAAAGGAAUUUACAGUUUUAACUUUCACGUCGUAAAAGUGUAUAACCGGCAAACGAUCCAGGUGAGCCUGAUGCUGAAUGGAUGGCCGUUGAUUUCAGCCUUUGCAGGAGAUCAGGAUGUGACAAGAGAGGCUGCUAGCAACGGAGUGUUGACCCAGAUGGAAAAGGGAGACCGAGCCUAUCUUAAAUUAGAACGAGGAAACCUAAUGGGAGGGUGGAAAUACUCAACUUUUUCCGGAUUCCUGGUGUUUCCGCUUUAAGUGAAAACAACGUUGUUUUUCCUGAACCCUAUACUGUCACAGGAGGGUUAAUAACUUUUUAUUUCCCCAACAGCGCAAAUGCGUCCCAGAGCUAGACAGAAAAAUUAAAGGGACAGUAUCCCAUUUGGUAGUCUGUAUUUAUAAGCAACUAAGUCAAUGCAUUUCAACUCAUUCAGAAUAUAUCACAUAUUUCAUAUACGAACUAGAUCGACGGUCACUUUUUUUAAAAUUAGUAUGUGAAACAGUUACCACUACAAAAUACAUUGGAUGUUUUUCGUUUUAGAAAUGGAAGGUUUUAUUUUAGAAAGUACAAUCCUGUAACUUAAUUUUCACAGCAUUAGCUUUACAGCCUGGAUAGGCUGCCAAAUCGAGAAUACUGUCUAAUACGUUUGUCAGGAACAGCUCUGUUAGGUCUGGUUGCCAAAACGAUACUAUCUCUUCAAAAGUGUAUGAAAGCAGAACAAAUGCUUACCUGUGCCUGUAUAUGUCUGCUAUGCGGAAUUUUAGAGACGGUUGCAGCCCCAAACGCAGCAUAUAUUCUAUUUCUUUAUUCGCCCUUGUAUUUCUACACCCUAUAGAUACAGUGUUAUCAAUUCCGUUACAGAAGGUUAACAGUCUAUAUAACCAAGCAUAAACCUUAUAACGGAAUUCUGGUGAUUUUGAUCUAGCCAAACAAGGGCGGUUAGUUGUGUUUCAGUAUUUCGGUGUAUCCUGGGUUUAUUCUGUGGAGGCUGCUAUGCGUUCUGAUGCAUAUCUGUCGUUUUUGUUCCAGUAUAAUGUGGCCAUAUUGAACGGCAGAAAU